CAACUCCGCAGUCAGACGGGCACCGGCUACCAAUACGCAUCGCCAGCGACGCGUCGCUUUGAUAACAAAAAAAAAAGGCCAACAAAGAAUACAAUAAUAUUAAAAAUAAGGAGAAACAUAUGUAGAAAAUACGAUAAUAUACAUUCUAUAUAGCACGUAGUAUAUACGAGUUGUCGGCAUUGUUCGGUAGUUCCUCGACAUCAAAUAAAGUAAACGAAAUGAAUUGAAACCGAAUCGAGUUGUUGUCGCAACUGCAACGGGCCACACACGCUAAACACUGUCAUAAUAUAGCAGAUCCUUAGCUACGCAGAUCCCACGAUCUUUAGAUCGCCAGAUCAUUUUUAAAGAUGAGCAACACAAUGACUGCCGCACACGAGCCGACCAUACACUAUCUGGAUAGCAUUUUGAACGAGGAGGAGAAACGCUGCGGCGAUCAAUAUUCACAUCAAUGGCGCAAUUUCACAAUCUCUCGUUCGGGCCGCUUCAGAUCGAAGAACAAGAAACGCGAUGUGGUCGAUGGCAAGCUGUUCGAUGGCAAGGAAAAUGAUAAGAUCUCAGCGCGCAAUACAACUAGCGCCAUGUCAAAAUCGUCCUCCUAUACGACAAAUACAACAAAUACAACAACGGGCGGCAAUAGUGCAGCGGCGCCGUCGGGGCGAAGUCAACGUGACAAAGCAGAGAGCUAUAAAAGUUUUUACGAAACCAAUUUAUAGAUAAUGGCAGAGCUAUAUACAUUUUGGCAUACAUAUGCAUAUACUAUAUACAUAUACAUAUAAAUAUGUAUAUACAGCUAUAUGCACUAUAUAUUUGUAUUACGCUUUAUUGGAUCAACCGAAGAGUUUAUUGCACAACAUGUGAAAUAUAUAAAAUGUGCAAAAUUCACAAUGAGAAAAGAAAACUUAAAGAAAAACAACACAAAGGAAGACUAAGCAGGCUGCUUGACAAAGCUUUCUUGUGUGCUUUUGUUUAGAAUUUUCAGCUAUUUAGAUUUAGUAGAAUCUAGAACAGAUUAGGAGCUAGCUUAGGCACUCUCUAAAUAUA